AUGCUUCGACUCGCUCAUCUUUUAUUAUUCGUGUCUGUGACUGCAGCAGUUACCCUUCCUGAAUUGAAUGUCAUCAAACAAACAACAUUCAAGUAUUCCUACAGUUGCCAACCACCUCCAUUAGCGUAUCGCGAUUGCGCUCUCUUCCUUACCGAUGAUAGUGCACGACAAAAUGAACCUGAACUUUUAUACAAUGGUGCUUGCGGUUCGAAGGAUUAUUUUGAAGUGCACUUUGCCGGCUCGAACUUCGGUGUCAUAUCUGAUCUCGGUAAUGUUCCAUUGAAAGAAGUGACAGCAUCGAAAGCCUUCAAUUUCAAUAACACCGUUGGUGAAGACAAUGAGUUUUUUGCCACUGUUCCUGUUGUCAGUGAACACACAUAUGCUGCACUCAUAGCCCGAGACAAUAUUCGCGCAUUAUUUGUCUUUCGUAUUGAGAACUAUCAACACAAUGGUCCACUUACACUUUCCUAUGCUGUCAAACAGUAUGGUAUUAAUCAAUCAGUUCAAGAAGCACCCGGCUUUUCAUGGAAUGCUCCAAAUCAUUAG